GGGAGCAUGGGUGUCUGGACCUUAGGCACUGCUAUCUUCCUGAGUCUUUGGGAGACUUAUGUGUGUCCAAGAAGUCCUGGAUGGAUGGAUUUUAUCCAGCACUGGGGAGUUUGUUGCUGUGUUGCUUUCAUUUCCUCGAGCCUCCUCUCCGCGGCCUUCUGCUGGUUUCUGUCACCGGUCGCAGCGCUCACCACCUCCUGGAUUACCAUGUGUGUCCUGCUGUGUUGCUCCAAGCACGCGCGAUGUUUCAUUCUACUCGUCUUUCUCUCUUGUGGCCUGCGUGAGGGCAGGAACGCUUUGAUUGCAACUGGCAUGGGGAUAGUGAUCUUUGGACACGUGGAAAAUAUUUUUCACAACUUCAAAGGUCUCCUAGACAGUAUGACUUGCAAUCUAAGGGCAAAGAGCUUUUCCAUACAUUUUCCACUUUUGAAAAAAUAUAUUGAGGCAAUUCAGUGGAUUUACGGCCUUGCCACUCCACUAAGUCUAUUUGACGACCUUGUUUCUUGGAACCAGACCCUGGCAGUCUCUCUUUUCAGUCCACGCCACAUCCUGGAGGCACAGCUAAAUGACACCAAAGGGGAAGUCCUGCAUAUCUUGUACCAGAUGACGACUGCCAUGGAGGUGGCGUCCUCGUUGGGUCGGAAGUCACUUGCCCUCGCGGGGCUUUUGCUGGUCCUACUUGGCACUGGCCUCUUCAUGAAGCGAUUUUUGGGCACUGGUGGUUGGAAGUAUGAAAACAUUUACAUCACCAGACAAUUUGUUCAGUUUGACGAAAGGGAGAGGCAUCAACAGAGGCCCUGCGUCCUCCCGCUGAACAAGAAGGAAAGGAGGAAGUAUGUUGUCAUCCCGUCUUUCUGGCUGACUCCUAAAGAAAGGAAAAACCUGGCGUUGUUUUUCCUCCCCAUCCUUACCCAUCUCUACAUCUGGGUGCUGUUUGCAGCCGCAGAUUAUCUGCUGUAUCGGCUCAUUUUCUCAGUGAGCAAACAGUUCCAAAGCUUGCCGGGGUUUGAGGUUCACUUGAAACUGCACGGAGAGAAGCAAGGAACUCAAGACAUCAUCCAUGAUUCUUCCUUUAAUAUAUCUGUGUUUGAACCCAACUGCAUCCCGAAACCAGAGCUCCUUCUAUCUAAGACCUGGGUUCCUCUCAGUAUUAUCCUUGUGAUAUUAGUGAUGCUGGGACUGUUGUCCUCCAUCCUGAUGCAACUUAAAAUCCUGGUGAUAGCAUCCUUCUACCCCAGCGUGGAGAGGGAGCGCGUCCAAUACCUACAUGCAAAGCUACUUAAGAAAAGAUCAAAGCAGCCACUGGGAGAAGUCGAAAGCAAACUGAGUCUGUACCUCACAAAGAUUCAUUUCUGGCUUCCAGUCUUGAAACUGAUUGGGAAGAAACAAGGGGACAUUGUGAGUAAAGGCAAUCCAUGAGAGGUCCUGUGUAGCUUUUCAGCCACACUGCACCA